AUGGCUGAUCCUUUUGCUGAUUUGUUGUCCUCUUUCAAAAGUGGCAGUACUACUAAAAAUGAACAGGCUGAUAAAAAAGUGAAUAUAGCUACUAAACCAAUGGCUGAAUUGCUUACGGCUCAAAAGCCAGUUAAUAAUGUUACGUUAAUUGAAAAUGAGGUCUCUAUUUCGAGUAAUGGGAUCCAUGACGAUAUUGCUGAUUUAUUUGGAUUGUCAUCAGAAUCGAAACCUAUCAAUGCAUCGAAACCUAUCAAUGCAUCGAAACCUAUCAAUACAUCGAAACCAAGUGAAGGAAUUGAUGAUUUGGAUGCAGCAAUGAACUUCUUUAACGAUUCUCCUCAGGAAUCCUUAAGAGGUAGUACUGUGACAACCUCUCCUGAAGUUCAAGAUAUUGUAGUGGAUGAAGUCAAAGAUAUGGAAAUUGCCAAGUUGAUGUCUUUAGGAUUAGAUAUCGACGAAGCUACUACACACUACGACAAUGGAAUUCUAUAUGAGACAUUGGUUUCAAAAAUUAGGACAAGUAAUUCUAGAAUUACUGCUCAAAGGAAUGAUUCUGGUAGAAACGACAUUAGAGCUGAACCCAUGAGAAAGCCAAGAACGAGCAAUGGAUCUUUUACUUUCACUGGGUUAUUUGAUAAAGGUAAACAACUUGUUGAUCAAUGGACUGUUUACCACGAAGAAGAUGAUAGACUAUUCAGAAAUACUAACUUUAAAGUCGAUCCUUCAACAAAUACAUACCAGCCUUCAGGAGAUUAUGAUACUUCAGAUGAAAAUCCUUUCAAUCAACAAAGUCGAUAUGACAUAGCAUCAUCUAAAACAACUUCAACUGAUUCCCAAACAAGGAACUAUCAUGACAAAAAGACUAGUAUUAAUAAUAAAGCUCAUGAGAGGAUUGCCAAAGAAACUCCAAUUAAUAAUCAACCAGCAAAUCUAGACUUGUUGAAUGAUGAUUUCAUCUCAAUUAAACUUUCUUCUGAAAAUGUAUCUACCAAUUUGACAAAUUUGGAACAAGCUAAAUCAAAACAAGCUACAUCAAAACAAGCUAUAUCAAAACCAAUUGUAAAUGUUGCUCCUAAAGCUAAUAAUACGUUGUUAGACUUUGACUCGCCAACUACAGCUGUGCAUUCACCAGCUGCAUCACUUCCAAAGGUUCCUAUUUCUGAGAUUGAAUUAUUAGGUUAUAAGGAAUUCAAAGAACGUGGUACCGAAAAUUUCAAGACUGGUGAUUAUGUUACCGCGUUAGAAGCAUACCAAAAGUCUCUAAAUACUUUACCUAUCAAACAUCCUUUACGUAUAAUUGCAUCUUCGAAUAUUCUAGCUUCUAUGUCUAAAACCGGGGAGUAUAGAAAGAGUAUAGAAAUAUCAACAUCUGCAUUAGAACAAUUUCCUGGGGAUCAAAAACAAUGGAAUGAAUUUAUUCAAGACAGUGAACCUCAAAGAACUUACAAAGAUAUAUGGCCUAAAAUUGUUCUGAAGAGAGCAGAAGCAUUUGAGCACAUUGAAAGUUAUGAAAAUGCGUUAGAAACUUAUCAACAAAUGAUUGAGAAAAACUUUUUCAAUGAUAAAGUAAUGUCAGGAAAAAGAAGAUGUCAGCAUGUCAUUAACCCAGUUAAACCUACCAAGUCUAACAGUAGUGCACUACCAAGACAAACUAAUACAAAACCAAAGAAAGAAUCUAAUCAAAAUAAAGCAUAUGAGAAUGUUGAGAAAUUAAAGCAGAAAAAUAAAUUAGAAGCAGAAAUAGAAUCUCAAAGGCUAGCAUUAUAUGAUAGUGUUGAAGCACAAAUUAAUAAAUGGAAGGCAAAUAAGGAUGAUGAUAUACGUCAUUUGUUAUCGAAUUUGCAGUUGAUACUUACUUGGGGUAAUUGGAAUCCAGUUCCACCAUCAGAUUUGGUUAUGCCAAAGAAGGUUAAAAUUACGUAUAUGAAGGCUGUUGCAAGAACUCAUCCUGAUAAAAUACCAUCUGAUUUAGAGUUAGAGAAAAAAAUGAUAGCUGAAAAUAUAUUUAGCGUAUUAAGCAAAGCCUGGGAAAAAUUUAAAAAAGAUAAUAACAUGAACUGA